UCUAUUAAUGGAUUUUAAUAGUUUAUAGAUUUUAUAGAGUGUUUAACAUUUUUAUCAAGUAAUAAUUAGCCAAAAUGUCAGCCCCUUUUACUACGUCUUCCUCAUCUUAUUUAAGCUCCUGUGAGUGUACCUCACCUGCUAGAAACCUGAGAACUCAAAAGGGUAAAAUCAGUGGAGUAUAGGCUAAGGAAUACAUUUAAGAUUAGCUCUCUGAAUUAGGUUUGUGGUGUAAGUAUGAUCAGUGGGAAGAAUAGCUUGAGGUACUGUGUGGAGAGGGAGAUUCUGGACGAAGAGAAGCUGGAGAAGGUAGCUAGGAGAUUGGAACCUUCAGAAAUUCAUAUUCCUUUGUCUCAUCGCCUGAAAAACUCACUGAGAUGUUCUAUUCCCAGACUGAAGCGAAGAGUAACAGGUUGUUUACCUGUGCUUUACUGGUUACCACGUUAUUCCAUCCGGGAUUAUGGCAUACCAGACCUCAUCUCUGGCAUCAGUGUGGGCAUCAUGCACUUGCCACAAGGAAUGGCAUAUGCAUUGUUGGCUUCACUGCCACCAGUGUUUGGACUGUACAGCUCUUUUUAUCCUCCAUUAGUUUAUUUUUUCUUUGGGUCCUCCAGACACAUUUCUGUAGGCACAUUUACGAUUCUCAGUGUUAUGGUGGGUAGCGUUAUUGAGAGAUUGGCUCCUGAUUCCAAUUUUCUCAUCUUCAAUGGCACUAAUGUGACAGAGGAGGUGAAUGUCACUGCUAGAGAUCUUUAUAGAGUACAAGUUGCUGCAGCCACUGCAGUGUUAGGAGGACUUAUUCAGGUGGUCCUGGGGUUGGCACAGUUUGGGUUUGUGGGUACAUAUCUUUCAGAGCCUUUAGUGAGAGCAUACACUACAGCAGCUGUCGCUCAUGGAGUAGUGGCUCAGUUAAAGAACAUAUUGGGAGUGUCUCCAAAACGAUUCACUGGUUCGUUCUCACUGAUUUAUACCCUAGUAGACGUGUGUAAGCAGCUGCCCAAUACUCAUUUGCCUACUCUGCUGGUCAGUGUUGUGUGUAUCAUAGUUCUCAUCAUUGCCAAGGAACUGAACAAUCGAUUCAGAGAGAAAUUGCCUGUGCCAGUACCAGUGGAACUCAUUGUUAUUGUGGCAGGUACACUGAUAUCAUUCCAUGCUCAUCUGAAUGGGACCUAUGAAAUUUCUGUAGUUGGAGAUAUCCCAAGUGGGCUUCAGCCUCCAACAAUGCCAAACCCCAGUAUCUUUUCUGAUGUGAUAGUGGAUGCAUUUGCCAUAGCCAUUGUGGGAUAUGCAAUUUCCAUCUCUUUAGGCAAAACCUUUGCUCUUAAGCAUGGCUACAAAGUGUGCAGCAAUCAGGAGUUGGUUGCUUUAGGUCUCAGUAAUACAGUUGGAGGCUUUUUCCAGUCUUUCUCUGUUUGUGCUUCUAUGUCUCGGAGUAUAAUCCAGGAGACUACUGGAGGCAGAACACAGAUGGCAGGUGUGUUCGCAGCUGUAAUAGUGCUGGUGACCACAUUGAAGUUAGGAACACUGUUUCAGCAGUUGCCCAAGGCAGUGCUGGCUGCCAUCGUGUUUGUGAAUCUGAAAGGCAUGUUCAAGCAGUAUGCUGAUAUUGUGACACUGUGGCGUAGAAACAAGGCUGAUCUGUUGGUAUGGUUGAUGACUUGGGUGUCUACUAUUCUCUUUAAUAUGGACAUGGGUUUGGCAGCCUCAAUUGGCUUUGCCCUGCUUACUGUUAUCUUCAGGACACAAAGGCCUCGGUACUCUGUCUUGGGUCAUCUUCCUGGUACUGAGAUUUAUUUGGACAUGGAGACACAUGAAAACGUCAGGGAGGUUCCAGGCAUCACAAUAUUCCGCUCUUCAGCCACGAUAUACUUUGCCAAUGCUGAACUGUACCUAGAAGCCCUCAAACAAAAGUGUGGCUUGGACAUUACUAAGAUGAUCACUUAUAAGCGCAGAGAAGAGGAGAAGCAGAGAAGAAGAGAGAGGAGGGCAGAAAGAAGGGCAAAGAGAACAGCCAAAAAACAGAAACAAGCUCUCAGAGCAGCAUCUCAGCGCUCCAAAGGAUGCAUCUUCUCGGUUGAAGAAGGAGCAGAACAUUUUAAAGAAAUGGGUUGCGAUAUCAUCCCAGAAGAUGAAUGGAAGGACAGGAAAAAUGACACUGUGUUAGUCAUGCCUGAGACCCCUCAUAACAGCUGGGUGUACCUGAAGGGAAUUGACCCUGAAACAACCACACUAGGGUCCAUGUCAGAUCUGCAGGAUGAGGACAUCACAACACUGGGGUCCAGCAGUGAGGAUACACUCAGCAGGGAUCUGGAAAGUGUUUCUCUAGGUUCACUGGGAAAAUGGACAUGGAAUAUCCAUUCCAUCAUUCUAGACCUUACUCCAGUUAACUUUGUUGAUACUGUGGCCAUCAAGACCCUGAGAGACAUAUUCCAUGACUUUGGAGAGAUUAAUGUCCAUAUCUACAUUGCAGGCUGUCAAGUUCCAGUCGUGGAGCAGUUGGAGCAAGGUGGCUUUUUUACUGCCAUUUCCAAAGAGCAUCUCUUUACUACAGUGCACGAUGCAGUGAUAUACUGCCUCAAACACCAUGGUGCAGCAACUCUGCCAGGCUACGACACAGCACUGUGUAUGAGCAACACCAGACUCUGAGAUAUUAACUACAGUGAAUUACAUCUGCAGCAAUCUGUUUCUGCUGCUCACUCUCAUACUCACACACAGACACAGACACAGACACAGACACACACCCACACACACACACACACACACACAAAGUGGUGCUACCACUAUGAACUUUAUACCUGCAUGUUUUUCUGCUUUGUGUACUUGUCAAAUACAUGUGUAUGGAUAACUAGGUCUUAGAUUUUUUUAGCAUGUUAAUAAUGCAUAACAUUAACUUAUUAGAAAAGGCACAUCAUUUUUCAUUUAUAUUUAUCUUUAUUAUUUCAAAAAUUAACAUCAUAUAUGAUUAAAUAAAAUGACUGACUGCUUACAUUUAGUGACUUCUGAAAACAUUGCAGCGAUGCUAUAAUUACAAUAAAUAACACGUGAAUAGAGCUGGCCUUGGAUGCAAGUGAAAUAAACUUCAAGGCUGAUUAAAUAAAUAAGAAUAAAUAAUCACAACCCCUGUACAGUGUAUGAGUUUGUUCAAGCAUUAGUUUAGACAUGCGUUGAUCAAACAGAUGUAAGAUGCAGAUCAUGUCAGCUGAGAUGUAGUGUUGGACCACACAUAUUAUCACACAUCUUAGGUAACAAGUUUAAACUGAAUAAUCGACUCAAAACAUAAAACUAAUGCCAACUGAGGCUAAUGACAUCUGUUUUCUCAACUGGAUGUAAAAGCAAAUAUGUACUGAAUCCCUUUUAUCCAGUGAAAACUCAAGUGAACAUUCUUUCACACUCCUUAGGAGGUAUUGUAGUGCAUAAAUAUGUAAACAAAUAUUAUAAAAUAUGGCUGCAUUCCAAUAAAUAAAUUAACAAAUAAAUAAAUAAUGGUGCUUUCAGUGUUCUACAGCAUUGGUUCUCAAUUUUUUUUGCAGCCAGGAGUUCCUUUAUCUGUAAAAUAAAUUUAGUGGACCCCUUAGUCCAGAUUUAUUAUGUGCAAUUAUACUUUGUCUACUUAUUAAUGCCUUAGAGCUUCUUAUUUGUGAUUUUUACACCAAAAAGGACUUGGGUUCCUAAAGUUAUUGAGGUCUGGAAAAAAAAAAAGCCAUUCAAUAACAAAUUCCCAGCUUUCCUGAAGUAAAAAACAAACAAACAAACAAACAAACAAAAAUUCACUGUCUUGAUAUGCUUUACAAACUCUUUUUUUUUUUCUUGAGAACCAUGUUCUAAAAAAACGUAACAGUAACGAAACAUCAUCUUGCCUUUCAUUGCAUAAAUAUCAAGGCUCUUGUCCCUGAAUUCAAUCUAAUGUCUAUGGUGCCUGUCUGGACCUUGGGAACUGUUAGGUAAAGCUUGACUCAGUUCUGAAUGUGGGACACAGGAUGUUAACCUCAUGCUAGUAAAUGACUCUGUUUGUAUAAAACGUAAGAACAUGUGUGUCUCUGGAUGUGUGCUAGUGUGAGUGUGUACAUGCAUUUUAUUUGCUGUGCGCUGCUAUAAAUGGUAUCUGUUUGGAAAUCGUAUACAUAAGGGUGGGCACCUUACUAAAACUUGAUUUUUGGUUCAGUUUUGUUGACUUUAUCCCUGAGCAAAGGGAAUUUUAAGGCCGACUGUAUUUUCUACAGUAAAUUUUAAAUAGAUUGUAAAACCUACCUAGGUUUUAGAUUUCUUAGAAAUCUAAGAAAUCACAAAAAUAAAUUGGACAAUCUACUCAGCGAUAUAAACAUGCUGCUCUGGUUACACUGAAGUACAGUGGCUUUUGACUAUAGACCAUGGUGGGGCAGGAUGACAUUAAACCUGUAAUAGUUAGUAUUAGAGUUGACAAGACUUCGAUAGACAUUCAAUGAGUAAACAUACACAUCUUGGAGUGCCCUAAGAGCUACCACCCCAGCACCCUUACAGACAAACAGCAAAAAGAAAUACAAUAAAAAGAAGGAAAGAAAGAAAUAAUAAUGCGUAUUAAUAAUAGCGUAUGUUUACAAAAAAAAAAAAAAAGAAGCAUUUUAAAAGACAUUCACAACCUAGUAUUACAAAGUUAGCUAUAUUAAUAUGUAGACUAAACUCGUUAAUCACAUCCUUUCAAAUCAGGGGAAAUCUAUUAGUCUUCAGUGUAUUACAUAAAAAAAAAAAAAUCUUGGCCUUGAUAACUCUAACCCAAUACUCUUUUUGGGGACUGUAUCUACCCAUUUCCUCAAUAUCAUAGAUUGUUUAAAAUAUUUAAUUACUAUUUCAUAAGAAUUUUAAAUGUAUGAUUUUGUGAAUUGCAACUACAGUGGAACCCCGUUGUACGAGCAACCUAUAGUACGAGCAAACGGAGAUACGAGCAACCUCGCUCGCAUAAUUUUACCGUUUCAUGAGCAAAUUUCGAAAGCACGAGCAAACCCACGCUGCCGGUUUCCCGUUUCGGCGGAGGGCCACAUCAGUCGCUUAGUUGAUGACGUAUCACUCGGUCGCUCUCAUUGUUCAGUGCAGCAAAAACGUAACUGUGGCAGCGGGGGCGUGGCUGAGCGCGGUUUGUGAAUAGAGGGCAGGUCCGGGAGCAGAUAGGCAGGGGAUUCACCUGAAGUUAAUGUGACCUAAUGAUUGUUCUCUCUUUUCAAGUCAUCGGAGGGUGCAUUUAAGGAGGAGAGCGUGUGUGUGUGUGCGCGCCUAAGAC